UUCAGUAGAUAAAAAACGAAAAAGGGACAAUUAAUUUAUAGGAGCAAAAUAAGUUCAUCCUCAAUGUUUGACAGGGAUUUGUUUGCACAUAUUUACUGUGGAACUAGGAUAAAUAACGAUAUUCAUCAGGAUUCGAAAUAUGGGCUAUGUGUGAGUGUAGAGGACCACCACCACCACCACCAGGCUGCUGAGUGAACCUGUAUGCCCAGAGAAACAGCACCCAGUAUGGACAUCGUGGAAGACUUCCCUCCCCCGCCUCCUGAAAUGUUGGCGGACGAGGUGCCCUAUGCGGAUGAAGAAGAGGGGGAGCAGUUUGAGUUUGACGACAGUGGGGAUGAGGCCCCUAAGGCAGACCGGCCGCCCCUUGCUCCUCCAGCCCCAGACUACAGGGCCCAGGGCCAGGCCCAGGUCAAUGGUGUGGCCCUUCACCCACAGCAGGAAGGACCAUACCCCCAGCCCUCCAACCCGGAGCCCCCAGCAGCAGCAGCGACAUCUGACACAGCUCCAGUGGCAGCAGCACCGGAAGCUCCAGUAGCCAUGGCCACAACAGACACAGUGGCAGCAGCACUGGAAGCUCCGGUAGCCAUGGCCACAACAGACACAGUGGCAGCAGCACUGAAAGCUCCGGUAUCCAUGGCCACAACAGACACAGUGGCAGCAGCACCGGAAGCUCCAGUAGCCAUGGCCACAACAGACACAGUGGCAGCAGCACUGAAAGCUCCGGUAGCCAUGGCCACAACAGACACAACAGCUCCAGUGGCAGCAGCAGAAGGGGACAAGGCUUCAUCAGUCCCAGUCCCAGCUGACACAGACAGUGAUUUACCCCCUCCUCCACCUCCAGAGGACUCCACUCCUGUAGGCACAGACUCUGUUAACACAGAUAAGGAAGUGUCAAGUGAUGAUCCUCCCCCAGCCACCCCCAGGACCACCUCCCAGAAGAAAGUCAACCCCUACUCUGUGAUUGACAUCACCCCCCUCCAACUACAGCAGCUGGAGCAGCAGCAUGGGCCCGUCGCUUCCUCACCGGUUGAGAGGGUGGGAGGAGAGGGGGAGAAGGAGGGUGAGGGCCAGGAUGUUCCCCCCGCCAGCCCCCCCUGUGUCCCCCCGGGCUACUCUGUGCCCGUGCCCUGUGGGUACGCCACCCCCUCUGGUGUGCCCCUCAUCACGCCAGCCUACACCACGCCCGUCAUCAUCCGACACUUCUCCGUGGACGAGGACGAUACUGUGGUGGGGACAGGCAACAUUUCUGUUGACAUUGAAGAGUAUCCUGCCAUCAGAGAGGAGGAUGCUUUGUCUAAAUGGGUGUCGGACCCUGCAAACACAGCCUGGAUGGAAAAUCCAGAUGAAGUAAUUUAUGAUGAUGUGCCCAGAGAGAACUCUGACUCCACUACAGAGCCAGACGAGAUGAUCUAUGACGAUGUGGAGUUAGGAGAGGAGGGCUGCGGCAGCUCCCUGGACAACGGUUGGAGCUCCAGCGAGUUUGAGAGCUAUGACGAGCAGAGUGACGGGGAGGGCCGCGGGGAGAAUGGCCUGCCUGACGCCUUCAUGAGAGGGAAGCCCCCACAAAGGAAGACCCAUCUUUCUCAAGAUCUGACACGCUUGAAAGAACUCUAUGAGAAAAAGAUGAAAGAUCUUAUGGCAAGCACAGUGGGAACGGUAGAGCUACAGCAGAUAAAACAGAAACACGAGCAGAAGAUGCAAAAGCUGGUGAAGGCAGCGAGAGACGGGACCAAAGACGGCUUGGAGAAGACCAAAGCAGCAGUGAAAAGGGGACGGUCGUAUAUCAAGACCCACUGUCAUGAGAGGAAGUCAACCUGUUUUGAGGAUGAGGAGUCGGAGCUCUUCAUCGAAGUGGAAUGCUUCAACAUGGAGCCAGUGCUCAGUCCCGUCCCUGAAGGGCUCUCACAACAACAGGUGGUGAGGAGGUGUAUACUGGGCUCCAUAUUAGAGAGUGAGAAGAACUAUCUUGAUGCACUGAAGUGGAUUUUAGAGCAAUAUGAAAAGCCACUUUUGGAGAUUGAGCCCAGGUUGCUAAGCGAUAGGAAGCUGAAGGUGACGUUCUAUCGUAUCCGGGAGAUUCUCCAGUGCCACGCCCUGUUCCAGAUCGCCCUGGCGUGCCGCGUGGCCGAGUGGGACAGUCUGGAGAUGAUUGGGGAUGUCUUUGUAGCCUCGUUCUCCAAGUCCAUGGUGCUGGACGCCUACUGUGAGUAUGUGAACAACUUCAGCACAGCCAUGGCGGUGGUCAGGAAGACGUGUGCCUCCAAACCCAGCUUCCUAGACUUCCUCAAGCAUCGUCAGGACACCAGCAGUGACCGGGUCACUCUCUAUGGACUCAUGAUGAAGCCCAUCCAGAGAUUCCCUCAGUUCAUUCUGCUGCUGCAGGACAUGUUGAAGAACACCCCAGCAGGUCACAGUGACAGGCUGCCCCUACAGAUGGCCCUGACAGAACUGGAGACCCUGGCUGAGAAGCUCAAUGAGAAGAAGAUGGAGGCUGACCAGCGCUGUGAGAUCAGACACAUAGCCAAGGCUAUGAAUGAACGCUACCUCAACAAGCUCCUGAGUAACGGCAGCCGCUACCUGAUUCGCUCUGACGACAUGGUGGAGACGGUCUACAACGACCACGGAGAGGUCAUCAAGACCAAGGAGCGACGCCUUUUCCUGCUCAACGACGUGCUCAUGUGUGCCACACCCAACGUCCGGUGCAGUGUUGAUGGCAGUGGUAGUGGCAACGCCGCCCUGGGUCAGAAGUUCCUGCUGAAGUGGAGUGUCCCUCUGAGCUUUGUGGACGUAGUAGAGUUUGGCUCCAGUGAAGACAUGGGCGACAACAGCCGCUUCACCCCCCAACCCCACUCUGGAGAGAAAGUGGUCGUCAAUGCCAAACCAAAUAAGCUGUACAUGGGUCCAGGCCAGCUGUACCAGGACCUGCAGAACCUCAUCCACGACCUCAGCCUGGUCAACCAGAUCUCCAGCAUGAUCGGAAGCCUCAAGGGAAACUACCAGAACGUUAACGCUACGGUGGCCCAUGAUUGGGUGUCAGGUCUGCAGCGUCUCAUCCUGAAGAAGGAGGAGGAGAUCCGGGCUGCAGACCGCUGUAGGAUCCAGCUGCAGCUGCCUGGCAAACCGGACAAGUCUGGCAGGCCCACAUACUUCAGUGCAGUGUUCAAUACAUUCUCUCCGGCCAUCAAACAGUCGUGGAUCAGUAACCUGCAGAUGGCCAAGCUGGCUCUGGAGGAGGACAACCUGCAGGGCUGGUUCUUUGCGGAGGAUGAUGGUAACCAGAUCAAGAAGCAGAAACAUCCUCUUCUGCUCAAGCAGAUGCCUGUGGUCAUGUCCAAACUACAGGAGUUCAAGGUGGAGUGUGCCGUCCAUAACCCCGAGCCCCACAUCAACAUAGAGAGCACAGCAGACACCCCUGCUCUGGGACACGGCUGUGUGUGGGUGGCGAGCUGCACCAACCAGAUGGGUCAGAUAGCCAUCGUGGCCAUGCAGAACUCUAGCCCCAAAGUGACCGAGUGCUUCAAUGUGGAGUCACGGAUCCUGUGUAUGGCCUACGUACCCAUGGAGCAGAGGACCCAGGAGAACGGGGAGGGGAACCCUGAAAAUAAACACUCCUCAGCAGGGAAGACCAGUGAUACCCCCACGGUCUGUCUGGGCAUGGAGGAGGGCAGCAUCAUAGUCUAUAAGAGCAGCCAGCGAUCCAAGAAGGUCCGUCUCCAACACUUCUUCACCCCAGACAAGUCUACCGUGACCAGCCUGGUGCACAAGAAGCAGUGUUUAUACACUGGCCUAGUGAACGGCUCAGUCACCAUCUACUCCAGUGCACAAGAUGGCUCGUGGAAUCCAGACUCUCCUAAGGUGCUGAAGCUGGGGGUUCUGCCAGUGAAGGCCAUGCUAGCUGUGGAGGAACACGUCUGGGCUUCCUCUGGAGGACAAGUCUUCAUCAUCAGCACUACCACACACACUGUGGAGAGGCAGCUGGAGGCCCACCAGGAGGAGGGCAUGGUGGUGUCCCACAUGGUGGUGGCUGGAGUGGGCAUCUGGAUAGCCUUCAGCUCUGGGUCCACCCUCAGACUGUUCCACACGGAGACCCUGGAGCAUCUACAGGACAUCAAUAUCGCUACGCCUGUACACAACAUACUGGCUGGGAACCAGAGGGUCUCAGUCAGCAGUCUGCUGGUGUGUCAUGGUCUGCUGCUGGUGGGGACCAACCUGGGGGUGACAGUGGCCCUCUCUGUCCCCAGACUACAGGGAAUCCCCAAGGUCACAGGACGGGGCAUGGUAUCCUUCCACGCCCACCGCGGCCCAGUAAAGUUCCUCACCAUGGCAGCCGCCGUGUGCAACCGGCCCUCCGGCAACCCAGGCAGCCCAGGCAGCAGCCUACCUAGCCAGCCAGGGGACACCCAGGACAGGGAAAAGGCCCAGGCCUCCCCACCUCCAACCCCAAGCUCCACACCCGCUCUGGCUCCCACCCAGGGCCAGGGAGUGUGGUUUGGGGAGGCAGGCUGCACCUCCAUGGCCAUCCAGGACUCCCUGUCGUCCUCUUGUGGCUCCCUGGCUCUGUCCCAGGGCUCUCUGGAGCACGGGCCCGAGGACGGGGCCAUCUAUGACCUGGUCAAUGAUCCGGCCCACCACCAGAGGGGCAGGAGGGUCCAGAAGGUGAACGUCAGCUCUCUGCUGGUGGUGUCGGGUGGGCUGGGUCACCACAGGGUCAACAGGAAGACCAAACAGUCCCGUCAGGAGGAGACUGUGUCCACCAUCAUGGUGUGGCAGAUCCCUCUACUCAACAUGUGAGAGACCUAGUACAGUGCAACAAGACUGAGGAUGCUGCAGGUCCUACUUGAAGUGAGUAACACUCGACUAAGUGACACUUGACUCCAAAGGAUAUCCAUUAAUUCCCAUGGUUGUCUGGACUUUGGGAUCAAUCAACUCAACUAUGUGUCUUAUAAUGAGAAAUACUCCAGAGGGCAUUACAUGAAUAAUGGCAAGAGUUUCUGAUAUCUCCCACCCAGUGACCUUUAGCCUUCUGUUCAUGUGGGACAUUCCCAUUGGGUAAUGGGUACUAAUGGAUCAAUACAAUCUAACCACUUAAUAAUGGCAACUGACUUUGCUUACAGCAUUCAAUACCUGGACCGUUAACAACAUGGUGGAAGACGAAUUCAAUGAAGAGAACAUGAAUAUGUAGAAAAACCACUGAAAUGUCCUUAAUGUUAUUCUUAUUAUGUUAUUUUCAUAGAGGACCAAUGAAAUGUUACUUGUCUUCAGUUGUUAUAACAUGGCUAAUAUAUUCUGUGUUACUGAGACAUUGGGCCAGAUCAUCAGUGUUGAUGACACAAUAAUUGUAUCUGGGCUAAUCACGUAGACAGACAUCAGACAUUCCCAUUUUCCUAUGUGGACAGAGUUUGAGGAAAGCCGGGCAAGGUGACUUUUCAUCUCUGUUGCUUUGAACAAUGUCUACUAUGACACUUCCACUGUUAGGAACAGGCAUUCUUUGGGGCCAAAGCCUUCUUAUGAGCAUCUCCAUUGGCCAGUCUAUGUUCUAUAAAUUGGGUCUGUUAAUAGAUAUGUUAACUUGUUUGUUAUUGGGUCAAGGAGAGAUCCUUUGUCUGCAAUGGUGCCCUUAUUUCAUUGGUACACUGAAGCUUAAAAGUGUCCUUAUGUUGUCAUCAGGAGGCUAUGGACCGUGAGUGGGUGCUGAUAUGAGGUAUGAUGGGACUUCCUGGCUGGCCAGGUUUCCUGUAGAUCCUAAAUGGAGGGAGAGUCACUAACUGUUACCAGAUUAAAAUAAGGGGUUGUUCCUUGCCCAAAUACAUUUUUUGUCACUAAAGGAUAUUUUAAAAAAAUGAAUCUAAAGCGUUAUAAUUGUGUCCCAUUUUGUAUGUAUUCUGUUGUGUAUAUUAACAAAUCUAUACAUGUUUUAUUCAGCAGCUUUGUGUAUGUUGUAUUUACAAACUGUCGAUUUGUUUUCAUCUAGUUUAAUGUAUGCAUGCUCAGCCUGCUCACCUUAUUUCAACCAAAAACCUGCACUAUUUCAAAUAUGCUGCCAGUAUGUAUAGCCUCGGUAUUUGGUCCAAUACCAACUCUCCACACCGAACAACAAGGUUAUUUAUGUCAGGGUUUCCCAAACCGUCUUCAUGCUGCCCACAUAGUGUAACACAAUCAUGUUCAAAUGUAUUACUGUAUUAUCUAUAUUAGCAAAAAUAUAUUCUAGAAGUUGAA